AAAAAAAAAAAAAAUGAGUAAAAACAAUAUAGAUUAAUUUGACUAUACAAAUUGCCUAUUUGAAGCCAGAUUAACAAAAAAAGGUUUUUUAGGUUUACAAAAAUUAUAUUAUAUGUAUUGUACUUAAGACUAAAUUGUUAUAUGUCAAGAACCUUAUUAGAAAAAACCUGAUAAAAUAAUACUAUUAUAACCUAACUGGUAAAUAUAAUGGAUAAUCGAUCCUAAAAAGUAAAAUUAGAAAUUCAGUGAAAAAACUAUAGGCUUUCGUUUAAUAACUAAAAAUUAAAAUGAAAAAAUCGAAUAUUAUUCCGAUAGUGCUGUAAUGGUUUUUAUGCGACAGUAUUUAGCUAAAUAAAUUUUCUAAAAUAAUUUUCUUGAUGAAUACGAAAUAGUUAAAAAAAUCGGAAAAGGAAAAUAUGCUAAAGUGUAUAAAGUAAAAAGAAAAGACAAUAAUAAAAUAUAUGCUGUUAAAUAUUUACAUAAAAAAAAGCUUGAAACAAUAGAAGAUUCCUAAGAAUCUUUAUAUAAUGAACUAAAAAUAUUAAGAAUGAUAAACCACCCUAAUUGUAUUAAACUAAUAGCUACAUAUGAAGAUGAACAUGGCUUUUACAUAUUAAUGGAACUCUGUGAAUCUAACAAAACCCUAUAGGGCGAACUAACCCGUUUCAAAAACACUUAAUUCGGUUAUUAAGUAGUAAGACAUAUCUUAAAGUAAUUACUAAAAGGCAUUGAAUAUCUACACAGUAUAGGAAUAAUGCAUAGAGACUUAAAACCUUAGAAUAUUAUGUUCGCAAAUGAUAAUAGCUCUUCCCUUAAUGACUUAAAGAUAAUUGAUUUCGGACUCUCUUAAUUCUAUAAUGACCCUCAUUAUAUUUACAUACAUGUAGGUACUCCAGGUUUUGUUGCCCCCGAAAUUUUAUCAAACGAAUCAGAUUAACAUAGAUAUACAGAAAAAUGUGAUUUAUUUAGCAUUGGUGUUAUUUUUCAUAUACUGAAAAACAGUAUUUCCAGGGUGUAAAUUUUCUUAAGUUUUAGAAGAUAAUAAAAGAUGUAAAAUAUAAUUAAGAGGCUAAUAGUAUGAUUAAUUAAACAAGCACGCUAUUGAUUUGUUAUAUAAAUUAUUAGAAGCUAACCCUGAAAAACGGUUAUCCGCAAAACAAGCCUUAAAUCACUAAUUUUUCCAAAACGAAAUAACAAAUAAUAAUAAUAUAAAUUAAAUGUGUUAUUCGGCAGUUAAUUUGGAUAGUUUAGAAACUUAAAUUUCUCCCGUUAAAAUUAAUAAUAAAAAUACUCUGAAAAUUCUCAAAAAAAAAUAGAGUCUAAAAUCUUUCGAUGAAGAUGAUAAUUAAGAUGUAGAUUUAGAAAAUAUCAACAAAAAUAUUUCUAUGAAAUAAAUAGUCUCAAAUUAAGAAGAAACUCAGAAAAAAAUGCUUUAUAAAUUGACACAAGAAUUAAUUGAUUUCUCCAUAUUUUUCUCUGCCUAAAGAUAGUAGGAAGAUCAAGAUUUUUUAAUUGCCAGUCCCUAAAAACUUAAAUCAUCUUAAAAAGCUUUGAAAUUCGGAACUAUUUGUAAUCUAUAAAAAGUAAAAGAAGAAGAAGACUAUAAUAAGGAAGAAGAAGAAUAAUAAGAAGAAGGAAAUCAUUAAUAAAGAAAAGAAUAGAUUUUAUUUUCUGAAAGAAGCAUUGAAAAUAAUAAUAAUUCUAUAGAAAAAUAAAGAAAAGUAGUAAGUCCCUUAAGAAUAAAUUCACAUUAAAUAAUUAGAGAAAACUAAGGUUUUAAUACAGAAGAAGAUAAAAUUAAAAGAAAAUAAUAUCCAAAAAAAAUAAUGAAACUAAUGAGUUUUUUCCCAAACGAGCUUUUUGAGGAAAACAAUAUAAACUAAAAAAGCAAAGUUAAAAUAUUAGGAAAAUUCCUGAUUUUAGGACAUGAAAAUGAAAUCGAAAAUGAUAAAUUAUAUGGACAUUUGG